AUGGAGUUUAAAGGGAGUUCACUUUUCAGAUACCGAAUAAUCUGCUCAAUCCUUGCAGGAACGCCAAUAAUAAUCUCAGAAAUUCGUUCUGACAGUGAAUACCCUGGGCUUGCUGACUAUGAAGUAAAAUAUCUCGAGCUUAUCGCAAAACUAAUGAAUGGCAGCAUCAUUGAUGUCAACGAAACAGGUACACGGCUUCGCUUUACACCAGGAAUAAUCACAAAUAAUCCCACUUUAGACCUGAUUGAGCAUGACUGUGGAACCGAAAGAGGUCUUGGCUAUUUUAUUGAAGGAAUUUUGCCUUUUGUUAUGUUUGGCAAGAAUAAGCUAAAUAUCAAUUUAAUCGGAGUCACAAAUGAAAUGCUGGAUAUUGGGGUCGAUAUAAUCCAAUAUGUACAGAUACCAUUAAUAAAAAAGUUUGGGGUUGAAGAGAUUGAUAUAAAAAUUUUGUCAAGAGGAAAUAAUGGGAAAGUAAACUUGAAGGCAACUCCGAUCAGAAAGUUUAAUUCAGAUAUUAACUUGGUGGAUACAGGAAAAAUCAAAAGAGUAAGAGGUGUCGCUUAUACAAGCAAAAUUAAUGCACAAAUGGGAAACCGAGCUGCAUAUGCGGCUAAAGGACAUUUACACAGCUUUUUGCCUGAUAUAUGGAUAAACACAGACCACCAUAAAUCAGAAACAGCCUUAUUAGGAAUAGUCCUAGUUGCUGAAACAAAUACAGGCGCCUUGCUAUCAAGCGAAUACAUGAGAGGAGAAGAAAGCACAAUUGAAGACUUAGAAACAGAAGUCCCUGAAGAUUUAGGAACCCUUGCAGUUUAUCAGCUAUUAGACGAAAUUUUUUAUGGUGGCUACGUUGAUACUUCUAAUCAAUGUCUCGUCCUUUUAUUGAUGGCUUUAUCUACUUCUAAAUCUUCUCUUAGGCUUGGAAGACUCUCACAGUCUGCCGUCGAAGUAUUAAGACUGAUUAAAAAAAUGUUUCGAGUCACUUUUACACUUCAAGACACAGAAAACCCUGGCGAAGAUGAUAUAAAAGAAGAGGAAGAAGGAAGCGAGGAAGAGGGAGACGAAGAGGAUUAUCAAGAAAUUGAGCUAGAAAAUCCUUUGGUGGAGAAUUUGCCGAGAAAUGUAAUUGCGACGUGUGUUGGGAUUGGGUAUGAAAAUAUGGCAAGGAUUGGGUUUUAG